AUGGCGACAGAGGAAAGAACGCAGCUGGUUUUGGCCCGUGUUUCGCUGGAUCCCUCCCCCGACUUCACGGCCUCCCUUGUGGACAACGAGGAGGAAGACUCUCAUUGUCUCUGUGCAAAUGAAAGGAAAACAUUGUCUUGGACGGUGGUCCCGAAAUCUCUGGGCGAAAUCAACUUCAUAGCAAGUGCAGAAACUCUGGGCUCAGACCAGCCAUGUGAGAAUGUAUUAGUGGAGAAGCCCAUAAAACGACAAAAGGACACUGUCAUCAGAUCAGUUUUGGUUGAGCCUGAAGGGAUUCAGAAGCAAGUGGUCUUCAACUCCAUCCUCUCUGCAAGCGAAAAUGCCCAGUCGACACCCAGCUCUCUGGAGCUACCCAAAAAUGUUGUGGAGGGCUCUGCCAGGGCUUCCUUCUGUGUGCUGGGAGACAUGCUGGGCUCAGCCAUACAGAACCUGCACCAGCUUCUCCAGAUGCCACAUGGCUGCGGGGAGCAGAACAUGGCCCUCUUUGCCCCCAACAUCUACUUCCUGGUGAGUAAGACCGGGCAGCUGACGGAAAAAAUCAGAUCCAAUGCCCUCAAAUAUUUAGUGACUGGCUACCAGACGCAGCUGAGAUAUAAACACCCGGAUGGAUCUUACAGUACUUUUGGACCACUGGGUGAGGAGACAGGGAACACCUGGCUGACAGCUUUUGUGCUCAAGUCCUUUGGCCAGGCACGUUGCCACAUCUUUGUGGAUGGACAGCACAUUGCAGAUGCUCAGGCCUCCCUGGCUGCCCAGCAGAAGGAGAACGGCUGCUUCCGGAGCUUCGGCUCCCUCCUGAACAACGCGCUCAAGGGUGGGCUUGAUGAUGAGGUCAAACACUCGGCAUAUAUCACCUCUGCUUUGCUGGAGAUCUCCCUACCUGUCACGCAAUCCCUGGUGCGUAAUGCUUUGUUCUGCCUGGAGAGGGAAGCACAGACAGAUGAGGUCGACAUUUACACCCAGGCAUUGUUAGCUUAUGUCUUCACCCUUGCUGAGAAGGAGGAUAAGAGGAAAGAGAUGUUGCAGCUUCUGGAAGCAAAUGCUGUCAAGGAAGAGGAUGGUUCUAUUCACUGGCAGCAGCCUAGGGAGCAAGAGAAGAAGGCCUUCAGUCCAUUGAACAACCAUCAGACUCGGUCCGUAGACAUUGUGAUGACGUCCUACGUUCUCCUUGCUCAUGUUGAAAAGAAGCCAGCGCCAUCCCCAGAAGAAAUGUCGAUAUCGUCCCGCAUUGCCAAGUGGCUAACCGGGCAACAGAAUCCUACUGGGGGAUUCCUUUCCACUCAGGACACUGUCGUGGCCCUUCAGGCUCUUUCCAAGUACAGCACCUUGGACUAUUCGCAGAGCAGAGCAGUCAGCAAAGUGUCCCUGAGUUCAGGAGCGGAUUUCCAGAAGGAAUUCCACGUGGACAGCACUAACUCUUUGUUGCUGCAGAGCCAAGCUCUGCCCAAAGUGCCCGGGAACUACCAGGCAGAAGUGACGGGAGGACGUUCUGUCUUGUUACAGACCACUUUGAAGUAUAAUGUGCAUCCAGACCAGGAAGAACCACCUUUUAAACUGGAUCUGCAUACAGUUCCUGAGGCUUGCAUGGAUCCCAAGGCCCAGACAAAAUUUGCUCUUGCUCUAAAUCUCAGCUAUACUGGCCAGCGUGCAAACUCCAAUAUGGUGAUUGUCGAUGUUAAGAUGCUGUCAGGAUUCAUCCCAGUGAAAUCAUCUGUGCAGAAGCUACAAAAGCAAGGGCAAGUGAAGCGAACUGAAGUGAGCACCGAUCGUGUCCUGCUGUAUUUGGAAGAGGUGACCAGUGUGACUCAGCACUACUCCUUCAUGGUGGAGCAGGAGGUGCCAGUGCAGGGCCUGAAACCUGCCUUCGUGACGGUCUACGAUUACUAUGAACCUGAUGAAAAGGCAGUUGCUGCGUACAGCGCCCCCUGCAGUACAGAUGAAACUAAACUGGGGAGCGCAUGAAGAAUGAAGAUUUUUUUUCCAUUGUGGUUUCUUUCCAUGGAAAGCAGAAAUUAAUCUAACCAGUUGUUAAUUAGUGAGUGAUAAAUCUAAGAAAUGAACACACACUGAAGAGAAUAAUUUUUCUCCCCAAGCUUUAGCAACUGAACAAUGGCUUCUGGUCCCUUCCACUUAUUCCCAAAUUUGCUCCAUAGCUUUGUACAUCCCAAACUCCGUGGCUCCAUCUGUAUUGAGAAUAACCAGGCGAAGAGAUUUGGAAGAACAGAAUAAUGUGAGCAAAAGUUUGUCAGAAUUCCUGAAAUUAUUGCCUAUGCAUCCUUUCACCAGAGGCCAGAAAAAAGAGAGAUUCUUCUGUAUGACUGUUUCUUCUGUCUGGUAGGAUUAAAAAGUAAAAUGUG